ACUAUUAAAUGGAAAUUGAAAAUAGACGUUUCUAGGAAUAUAUACACUAAUGUUAAAUCAGAUAUUGUGAAUACCUAUUAUUACUUCCAAGAAUUAAAACUGAAAGUUGAACAGUGGUGGUUAUCAUGUGUCACGCGUCAGUAAGUGUUUGUAUGUAGACAUAUACUGUUGUAUACACAUGUAUAUAUCAUUGUGAUAUGUUACGUGUAAGUACACUAUGACCUACCUUAUAAUCAAGAAUAUUCAGUUAUGCUUAUGUUACUAUAGGAUCUAUAUCAUAAUAGGACAGUGUAAAGUCAAACCGUGUUUCAUUUUAGAGGUGCAUUACAUGAAAACAAACUUGAAUAGCUAAACGGUAUAAAUAGGCUUUCUGUGAUAUCUGGUAGUGGUAUAUGUAUUAAAACAGGGACACUAUUACUGUAAUAACAGCGACCUAUUUAUUAUACAUGAUAACUCACAUUUGGAGGUGAAUUAAUAUAUUUGUAAGCGCUGGAUGUAAAUAUACCGAGACAGACAAGACAGGAUAAUAUUCAUGUGAUUGACGACCGUAACCCUUUAAGUUUGCAGAUGUACUAUUCAUGUGAGAAGGCGACUUUAACUUAGCGAGUUUCAAGAAACAUUAUUCGUGUGAUAGGUGACUUUACAAUCAACAUGGCUACUUUCGACCAAGAAAAACCAGUAUGCAGUAUUUGUUUAAACGAAUUUCAACAACCCAAGAUUAUCGACUGUCAACAUUCUUUCUGUCUGAACUGUUUAGAAGAUUAUAUCAACAAAGUAUCUACUAACAAUCAGUUUCCAUGUCCAUUAUGUCGUAAUACUGUUAGUAUCCCUACUGAUGGCGUUAUGGGUUUUGCCUCUAAUGUAGAUGUUCAACAGGAGUUGGCUAGUGAUAUUUGUAAAACAGAAGUUCCACCAUGCGAUGUUUGUAAAACUGGUGUUGAUUCUGAGUUCAGGUGUGAGGAUUGUGAACAAUAUCUGUGUAAGUCUUGUAGAACCACACAUGAUGGACUUAAGUCUUGUCGUGGACACGUGAUUUUGGAUGUUAGGGUCGCAUUACAGACACCAGGUAGGGGUACCGCCGAGUCUAAAUCUAAAGAUAUCUGCCCAAACCACCAUGAUAAAGAAGUGCGAUGUUAUUGUAAAGAUUGUUCAACAGCUGUUUGUUCCGAUUGUUUUGUGACAAACCACAUUUCGCACAAAUUUGUUGAUCUUUAUGGUGAAAACAUCGACGUUGAAACCAGAGAUGAGCUAAAAGUUUUGCAAGACGAUAUAGAAACUCAAAUUAGUCAAUUUGAAAAGUUCUACAAAUCGUUGACCAAAAUUAAAACAGAUAUUGAAUACUCUGCAAAAACGUCAUGUGAUGCCGUUGACCAACAAAUUGAACAGAUCUGUUCUGAAGCCAAACAAGCUGGAGAGGAAAUAAAAGCCGAAAUUCAAAAGUCACGUGAUGAGGAAAUAGAUAAAAUGAUCAAACCUCUGGGAGAGAUGAAAAUAUUAAUAGAAGAUUUAAAAGCCAGUGUUAAAUGUACCGGAGAUGUUAUAGAAGAUACAUCUAUUGUCCAGGUUUUUAACAGAAUACCACAAGUUAAACAGGAAAAGGAGGAGAGCGGUUUAAGAAAGUUGGAUAUACCUGAUGUAAAAUACACGUUUUUUGAACAAUCUGUGAUUGAUAAAACAUUGUUAGUAAAACAACUAGGAUGUUUACUGUAUCAAGAAGGAUCCAUUUUUACAACUAGUUUCAACUUGGAUGAAGUUGAGUCAGAAUCACAAGGAGAUGAUGGAGUAGAUGGUGAUGAUUAUUAUAUUAAAGGUCUACCAUGGUAUAUUAGAGCUGUAAAGAAAGAGAAGACAAACACUGUACCAACUCUAGGUAUUUACCUACGACUAAAUGACACAGAAGACACAGCCGAUAUUAAAUCAUGUGAGGCUAACUACAGGUUCACACUGAUUAAUAUAAAAGAUAAACAACAAUCUAAGAAUAGAGAAAAUAAUAAAUAUAAUACAUAUAAACCUGGCGUAGGCGGUUGGGGUUGGUCUGGAUUCAUAGACUGGAAUAGACUUUCUGAUAAAGAAAAUGGAUUUCUUGAUGACGACAACAACUUUACUAUACAGACAACAGUCAAAAUAAUCAAGAUUAUUAUAGAUGAGUUCUAAAUACAUACCUUUCUAGUUGUAUGACAAACUCAUUAUAAUAUUUAAACUGAAUGAUUAUCUCAUAAAACAACUAGGUCAUUUCGGGACUAACACAUGGUUCAAUUUUAUUUCAAUAAAUCGCUUGUAGAAAACCCUCUUCGACUUCGCAUGGCUGUACUUAUGGAUCUGCAAAUUGCUUUAUUAUUUCCUACCAUAUCCUUAUAUUAUGAUAUUGUACAUUUUCACCCGAAAAGGCUUUAUUGAAAUUUGCAUAUACUUAUAUUAUAACUACUGUUCUCUUGAUAAUCAACUUAACAAUAUAUAGUGAUUAGAACUGUUUAAGUGUCAUUCAUAUUUUCAGUUACGUUUACUAACUAUAAACGUAUU